AUGGAGAGACAGGUGGAGGUACCUGUAAUUGGAGGUGAAGUGGUGAACCAUAGCCUGGACCUAGAGCUGGAGAAAGAUGCACUGAUGCAGAACCUGGAGCCUAGAGCUGGAGGAGCAUAUACACACUUCCCAGUUUCCAUACCCUCUUUUCUGUCAACACGCGUCCCGACGUCCACAAUCCAUCCGUCCAAAGUCGCCAUUGAAAAAUGUUUUCCCUUCUCUCAGAGUUGCAGAUGGAGGUUUGUUUUUGGAGGUUUCUUGAGCAUCUCGUUUUUCCUUUUCCAUAGUUCCUUCUUCCCCCCCCCCCCNAUACCCCCCCCGUUUCUGUUCUUCGUCCCGUCGUCCAAGUUGUUGAAGAUGGGUUGGUUUCUCCACCUUCUUUUAUUCUGUCUCUUGGGUCUUACUGAUGCAGGUCAAGAAUCUGUUAACCCAUUGAAUAUUUAUGAUCCAACUCCCGCGGUUCUUCAGACUUUGGCUCACGCGGGUUUGCCUGUGUCCAUUUCCGUGAGUGAGGGUGAUCUUCGCCAAGUUUCUUCCAGUGUUUUAAUAGCUGAAAGCUGGGUCAGAGCCCACGUUCUCGCUCACUUUCCUUCUACCAAGAUAACCAACAUUGUGGUUGGAAAUACCGUUCUCUGCAGCAAGGACCAUGAGGAGAUGUGGGGUUUGGUCCUUCCUUCUGUGAAAAAUGUCUACCACUCUCUUGUGAGGUGGGGUUUAGAGAAAGAAAUCAAAGUCUCGGCUGCUUUUUCUACCGACUGCCUGCAUCCACGUUCCACCAAGUUUAGAGAUGACCUAAUCCAGAGACUGAUUAAACCCCUUCUUGACUUCCUCCAGAACUCCAGCUCUACUUAUACUAUCAACCCACCUCCGGGUUUCUCUCUUUCCCUGUCAAAUGAUGCUAACUUGGUGUCUGCUCACAUGGAAUCCAUGAAAAAACUCGGGGUUUUCCACCUUAACAACAUCAAUGUAAUCGUCCCAGCUCCAGAAGAAAAGAAACUCAUGAGCAGAAAGUUGUCAGUCAUACAUUCCUCGGCUGUAGGCCCAUUCCCAGCAAGACCAACCCCAUUACCAGAGAUCCCACCAUCAUCAAUCCACUCCUCUGUUGGUUUCUCUGUUCCUGCACACACAUCCAAAAGCUCACUUCCUCCUCCCCCUUUAGCCGGUUGGGCUUCUUCUCCCCCUUCGAUGUCCUUCUCUUUUGCACCGGAAGGGCCUCCGGUCGUUAUCCCCUCGAACCCACCUGAUCUUGCUCCAUUGCCCCCUUGUAACGCGAUAGACAUUGGAGCGCCGACACCGGAAACAGGGGAGAAGGGGCUAUGGUGUGUAGCAAAGCCUAGUGUCCCAACAGAGACGCUGCAGGAGGCCAUGGACUAUGCUUGUGGGGAAGGUGGUGCUGACUGUGAUGAGAUUAUGCCUAACGGAAAUUGCUACUAUCCUGAUACGGCUGUUGCACAUGCAUCUUACGCUUUCAAUAGCUACUGGCAGAAGAACAAGAACAAUGGAGGAAGUUGUAGUUUUGGAGGGACUGCCAUGAUCAUUAGUUCUGAUCCAAGCUUUCUUCACUGUCGAUUCAUUCUCAGCUAAGGAGGUGGUUGAAAGUUCAAAACAUUUUGAAGGUUCGUUGGUACCCUUCUUUGUUAUGUGGUCAGCAAAGGAUUAACUUACAGUUGCAGAGUAUUUGAAAAUUUGACCAUUUUAUCGAUUUCCAAGAGAAACCCUCCGGUGCAUAGAGAAUAUAUUUGUUUACUCCAUUAUGUGGUGUUGUAUAUCAAAUUUGGUUGUGAGGGUUUGCAUGUUACAACUUAGAACUUAAAACUUCUUGUUUUUCGCUAGUUUGCAUGUUAAACAAAAUCCGCAUUUAUAGACU